AUGACUUUGAUUGGAGAGGCUCUUAUCUCUGCUUCCAUCCAGGUGUUGUGUGACAGAAUUACUUCACGCGAGUUCGUCGACUUAUUUCGGCACAAGAAACUCGACGAACCACUCCUCAUGAACCUGAAGACGACACUGUUGACUUUGUUCGUGGUGCUCAAUAAUGCAGAGGAGAACCAACCUGUGAACCCUGCUGUGAGAGAGUGGCUAAACGAGCUCAAGCAUGCUGUCUUUGAUGCAGAGGACUUACUGGAUGAGAUCGACACUGAAGCUUUGCGAUGCAAGCUGGAAGGUGAGGAUCAAACCCACAAAUUAACCAAUAAGGUGUGGAACUUACUCCCUUCUUGUCGUAGUCAUUUUUAUCAAAGCAUGAAUGUUAAGAUACAAGAGUUGUUGCAAAUAUUAGAAAACUUUGUACAACAAAAAAUUGCUCUUGGUCUGGGAGAAGUUGCUAGGAGGAAGGUUUCACAUAGAAGUCCAACAACUUCCUUGGUUCAUGAACCUUGUGUAUAUGGUAGAGAUGAAGUCCAAGAAAAUUUAUCAAAAGUGUUGCUAUCUGAUGAUGCAAGCAAGGAUGAUGUGUCUGUCCUCACCAUUGUUGGAAUGGGUGGGAGUCAUAAUGCAAAGAAAAUUUUGAAAAAUCUGUCUGUGCUGUGCUGCGCUGCUGUCUUUGCUGGGAAUUCAAUACACUCAUUGGACAUUUGUAAUUUGCUGUUGUGGAGAACGAUUAAGAAGAACCCGAACAGAUGCGCAGACGAAUACUUGGAUGGAAUCGAGGAUUUUAUUGAGUUUGCACGUAGACACAACCCGGGUGCAACUAGAAUCCGUUGUCCUCGAAGGAGAUGUAACAACACGUUGUGGGAGACAAUUGAAAAUAUUGGAUUUCAUUUAGUAAGGAAUGGAAUGAUUGAGACAUAUAGCAUUUGGAACCUUCACGGGGAACAAUUAGAGCAUGCUUCGUCUUCAAAUGCCACAAGAGUGGACAAUGUUGAACCUAUUGUGGAUGUUAAUAAUCAAGUCAUGGAUAUUAUACAUGAUUUUUUUCCAUUUGCAUCGACCAACAUCAAUCAAGAAGAGGAAGAUGACGUGCCUACACCAAUAGACAGUGCGGAGUUUGAACAAUAUGAAAAAUUGUUAAAAAAUGCCAACCAAGAGUUAUACCCGGGGUGCGAGAGCUUUUCCGUUCUCACGGCCAUUGUGGAGCUAAUGCACAGAAAAAUAAAGUAUCGUAUGUCGAACCUGUAUUUCGAUUACUUUUUGGGGGUUUUCAAGAGAAUGCUUCCGACGGACAAUUGUUUGCCGAAAGACCAUAAACACGCGCAGAAGGUGUUGAAUGGUCUGGGAUUGGGUUAUGAAAAAUUCAUGCUUGUAAAAACAAUUGCAUGUUAUUCUACAAAGAGCAUCGUUGGAUACAUGUCCUAUAUGUAA